AAUGGAUAAAAUUGGAGUGGAGAAACCACCACUCUUUUCUUUUUCUUCUCUUUUGGUCAUUGAACUUGACAAACCGACGCCGUUUAAGCGCCCUUCAUGCCUCCACCAUUCCACAAUUCCAACACUCAAAACACUGUACAACGCAUCCAUACAAAAACCCAAUGGUGGCGUCACUCAUGGGACACAACUGCUAUCAGCUUAUCAUCUCAUCAUCUUCUAAAACAUGCUCCUACGUGGCACAAUCUCCGCUCCCCUCUCUUGUCUCCGCCUCAGAAGCACCACCACCUCCACUCCCCCUUUAAACGUCUCCGUUUCGCGGCGCACUUCAACCACCACCAACAAUUACUCAAUCUCCGACCAAGACCUGGACUCCCGAGGCUUCCUCCUCCACCGCACGAUCGCGGAGCUCAACCUGGACCACCUCAACAAGGUCUUCGUGGCGGUCGGGUUUCCGAAGCGUGAUCCGGAUAAGAUCCGAACGGCGCUGGAGCACACCGACGCGCUGCUGUGGAUGGAGUACAGGAAGACGAAGAGGCCUGUGGCGUUCGCUAGGGCGACAGGGGACGGCGUUUUCAACGCGAUCAUAUGGGACGUGGUGGUGGACCCCUCGUUUCAGGGGCUGGGGCUGGGGAAGGCGGUGAUGGAGAGGUUGGUGGAGGAGCUGGUGGCGAAAGGGAUUUGUAAUAUUGCUUUGUAUUCGGAGCCCCGGGUUCUCGGGUUUUACAGGCCCUUGGGCUUUGUGGCGGAUCCGGAUGGGAUCCGGGGAAUGGUGUACUCCAGAAAACCCAAAAAGAAGACAUAAAUAUUCACUGUUUGUUUUGGUUGAUAAAUAUUCAUUUGAUAGGUUAAUUGUAAGAUUUCUUUUGUUUGGUAAAUAUUCAUGGUAAAGAUAAGCAGCAAAGCACAGGCCAUUACAGAAAUUCUGUGCUUUUUUCUGGAUUGCUGUAUCUCUCAUUGAUUGUUUCUUGUCUUCCUCCUGAAGAAGACAGGCUUGUGUAGUUUUUGAAUUUUUGCAAACAAGCAAUUUGGCUCAUGAUUCUACUGAUGGAGUUUCUGAGAUUGCGGAAUAUGUGAAAAUCAUUAGUUGUUGUUGCAGAAAACUAUGAAAUCAUGUAACUUGUGUCAGCUGCCUCAGGGUAUAAUAUACACAAAUACACGAGGGGAAAUUCAACCAGACAAAAGAGGAGAGAAUGAUCUGACCCAAAAAAAGAGAGGAGAAUUUUAUUGAAUCCAACAAAAAUACUUCAUAGUAAGAGCUACAGUUGAAAGGAAAAAUGCGUCAAAUUUGCCAAUUGAAAGACAGACAAGCCAAAGAUUUCAUCUUGAUGAAGUUAACAGCAGAAUUGAAGGACCCAGAACAAGAUUGAUGUAGCUGACGGAAUCUGAAUUGGAAAUUUUACCUUGAGUGAAGGAUCAAGAUACGUCCUUUGCGGUUUGCAAGAAAGCAGCAGAGCAAAGAAUAGAAGUAAUAAACGCAAAAAUUCCCAAAACGAUCAUCAGAGAAAUCCCUGCCACCGCCAAAUCCAAUA